GCCGGUGACAGCGGUAGGGGGACCCGUUGGAGAGACGAAGGUGAGAGGAAGUGGGAGUGCGAAGCUGGGGCGCGAAUGGUCAUUUGGCCUUGUGAGCACCCCAUCGGCGAGGGCACAGGGCAGGAGGCGAGGCUGUAAUUACCCAGCGCUUGGGCGGCCGUGUUUGCUGUUAUUUUGCACCGAGGACCGAAAACCAGGCCUUCCGUCCUGGACGGCGUUGACGGCCGCUCCGUUAUUAGUCGUUGUGUACUGCAGCAGCUCCAAGGACCAUAAUAGAAUCAAUGAAAGACUGCGCCCAAAAGGGUGGACAAACAAUGUGGAGGAAAAGAUGGAAAAUCUUCAACUCGCCUCCAAGGUUACUGAUACUGUCACGUUAAGUAUUGAUGAGGAGAUGAAUAAAGAGAAUAUGAAAACAGUGCUCCAGGAACCUCAAACUCAGCAGCAGCAAUUGUUAUUUGGAACAGAAAAUAUUGACCUACGUGCUGAUACAUUUGUAUCGGCGCCUACAGAUAAAUUGGCUGAUACCUGUCAAAUGAAUCUGAUGGAUAAGCUUAAUGAACAGAUGAUGGAGAGUGUAAUAAUAUCUGACUCACCUAGUAAUAGUGAGGGUGAUGUAGGAGACCUAGCAAUCCUGCAUGACUGUGAAGAGGCUUUAGACAUGGAAUGUGGUGAUGUUCCACCAGUACGUUCUGAGAAGGAGGAUUAUAAAGAGGCUUCUGCUCAACAAAGUGAACAUGUAACAUCUGUACAUAAUGCUGAUGAUGAUAAAACUCCAAUACAAGAUGAAACAUCUGCCUCACAGAAUCUGGAACUUGCAGUCGGAUCAGAAGAUGAUCUUCAAGUUCCAAAGGAAAGUCCUGAAAAUGGAUCAGAUGGCCAGAUUGACUUAGAAUUGCAAGAGAAACAGGGUCAGAUGCCAGUAACCACUCAUUCAGCAAAGGAUGAAAAUCUGCCGGUAUGCACAAUUUUUAAUCAGGACAAGCAAGAUAAAGACCAGGUCAAUACUCCUUUGAAAGCAGAUGGCUAUGAACCGCAGAUGGUAAAAUCUCCCAGCUUUGGAACUAUCAUUGAUACUCCAAAUAAACCACUAUUUGGAGUUCAUCCUAGUCCUAGCCUAAGCAAAUUUUUCACAGAUGAUGUCUGUACAAGUUCAUCAGCAGCAGAAUUUUUUGACUCAUUUACAUCAACAUCUUUAAUUUCUGUUAGCAAUCCAAAUGCUAGUGCUUCAGUGCCUGAUCGAUUGUCCUCACUUUCUGUUCCAGGAAUAACAAGUCCAUCUAGCUCCACAAACAAAUCCUUCAUCAUAGGAAAUGGUAUUACACGUUCAGCAGCAUCAUCUACAGAAACAUCUCUGUCACCCAAGCCCUUCACUCAGCUCCAAGCAGCAUUUGCAGGAAGUGACGAUCCCUUUGCAACAGCAUUGAAUAUGAGUGAGGUAGACAGGCGGUAUGAUGCUUGGCUUCCAUCUGAAGAGACUAGAAAAAUUCUAAUUUCUGUAGCUACUCAACAGUAUAACACAGUAUUCAUUGACAAAGAGAAGUUGACCAUGCCUGGUCUAAAGUUUGACAAUGUACAAGGUGAUGCUGUCAAGGAAGUAAUGCUGCGGUUUUUGGGAGAAGAGGCUGCAAUGAAGAGACAAGCUUUGACUGCAAAUGCUGUAGAACAGUCCUUUGUGGGACUCAAGCAAUUAAUAAAUACUAAGAAUUGGAGAGCUGCUGUUGAUCUCUGUGGAAGAUUACUCACUGCACACGGUCAAGGCUAUGGCAAAAGUGGUCAACCAACAAACCACACGACAGAUUCUGUACAGCUAUGGUUUGUGCGACUAGCCUUGUUGAUGAAGCUGAGUUUAUUCCAAAAUGCUGAGAUGGAAUUUGAGUCAUUCGGGAACCUUGAUCAGCCAGAUUUGUACUAUGAAUACUAUCCACAUGUAUACCCUGGACGCAGAGGGUCCAUGAUACCAUUUUCAAUGAGAAUCCUUCACGCUGAGCUACCACAGUACUUGGGGAAACCACAGGAAUCAUUGGAUAGGCUACAUAGCCUGAAAGUAAUUUGUCAAAAGGUUCAUAAUAACUUGGAAAAUGGACUAGCUGAAGAUGGAAGUAUGAUCAGCAUAUCCUCUGAGAAUAGACAAGCUUCUAUGCAGUUGUGGAGGUCACGUCUGGGGCGUGUGAUGUACUCGAUGGCAAACUGCCUGCUGAUGAUGAAGGACUAUGUGCUUGCAGUGGACAUGUAUCAUUCCGUCAUUCAGUACCAACCAGAUCAAGAACCCCAGCUUUUAAGUGGAAUUGGAAGGCUGCUUUUGCAGAUUGGUGACAUCAAAACAGCUGAGAAAUAUUUUCAAAAAGUAGAGGAAGUAAUUCCGAAAUUAGGAAAUGAAUUGCAGCAGAAUAUAAUAAUUCACAUGAACAGGGCAUUCCUGCACCUUGGUCAGAAUAACUUCGCUGAAGCCCAUAAAUUCUUCACAGAAGUCACCAAAUUAGAUCCAAGCAAUCCAGUGGCAAAUAACAAUGCUGCGGUGUGCUUGCUAUACUUGGGCAAACUGAAAGACUCCCUCAAGCAGCUGGAAGGACUUGUACAGCAAGAUCCAAAACACUACCUGCACGAAAGUGUUCUGUUUAACCUGACCACUAUGUAUGAGCUUGAAUCAUCUCGCAGCAUGCAGAAGAAACAGAGCUUGCUGGAGUCGGUAGCCUGUCGUGAAGGAGACAGCUUUAAUAUUCAGUGUCUAAAACUACUGUGAAACCAUCCAUGUUCUCCUGUUUGUAAUUAUUAUUGUAACUUAAUAUGUAAAUAUGUAAAUAUUUUACUGAUCUUUAACUACAGCUAACAUGUCUAUAUUUGGAGUAAAUAAUUUAUGGUUUUCCUUUCACAACUUGGGAUAAGGGUAAGGGAACAAUAUGAAUUUCAAUUAACCCAACUGAUGAUUGUAAUUUUUUUUGCUCCUGCUGGUUCAUGCAACCUGGCCAGAGCUGUUAGAUAAUGUGUGAUUCCUGUUUUGUGAUUUUAAAUAAAGCCACAUAAUCACAUGGAAUUCAUUAUUCCAAGGUACAUUAGACUCAAACAGCAGAAAUAAGCUUACAGGCAAACUAUAAUAACGUAGUACAGAAGCAGGCCUUUUUCCUCACUGACCAUUAAGCACCUAUCAACACAAAUCCCAGUUUAUUCUCUCCACAUUCCACUAUUCAGCAACACACCAGGGACAGUUUACAGUGGACAAUUAACCCACCAAUCUAUAUAGCUUCAUGCUGUUUGAAGAGAGCAUAGCACUGUAUGACACCCAUUCUGUCAGCGAGAAAUUUGCAAACUCCACACAGAUAAGAUUGAAGGUCAAAAUUGUAUUAGGUGAAGGAGCUGUGAAGUAUCACUGUGUUCAGGGGAUAGGUUUACACAUGCCAUAAAAUGCAAAUGGAUACAUGGCACAAGUCACCAGUUUAUUUUCUACAUAUGCUCCACAGCUGACCAUCAGGUAUGCAAAGUUUCAUCUUUCCAUAAAGGAGUACUCAUUGUGUCAUUUUCUAUUAUAAAUAUAUGUGACUGCUUGCUGUUAUACUCCGAAUUUAUUAAAUAUUACUCCAUUGUUCCAGCCAGCAUUAA